CACAUCGUUGGGCAGGGGCGGGCGGGGCUCGCGCACGCGCUCUGCGGGGCCUGCGGGCUGUAAGGGAGCGGGGCGCUGUGUAUUGCUGCCAGGGAGCGCUGUCGCUGUGGUGGCGACAGUCCUGCGGCUUCUCUACUCCGGCUCAGCUCGGGUCGGCUCGGGAGGAUGGCUUCGGAGAUGGAGUCGUCGCUGGAGGUCAGCUUCUCGUCCAGCUGUGCCGUGUCAGGGGCGUCCGGGUGUCUGCCUCCCGCCCGCUCCCGCAUUUUCAAGAUCAUAGUGAUCGGCGACUCGAACGUGGGCAAGACGUGCCUGACUUACCGCUUCUGCGCCGGCCGCUUCCCCGACCGCACCGAGGCCACGAUCGGGGUGGACUUUCGGGAGCGAGCCGUGGAGAUCGACGGCGAGCGCAUCAAGAUCCAGCUGUGGGACACCGCGGGGCAGGAGCGCUUCAGGAAGAGCAUGGUCCAGCACUACUACAGGAACGUGCACGCUGUCGUCUUCGUGUAUGACAUGACCAACAUGGCCAGCUUCCACAGCCUGCCUUCCUGGAUAGAGGAGUGCAAGCAGCACUUGCUGGCAAACGACAUACCUCGCAUCCUGGUCGGAAACAAGUGUGACUUGAGAAGCGCCAUUCAGGUGCCCACGGACUUGGCCCAAAAGUUUGCCGACACACAUAGUAUGCCUUUGUUUGAGACCUCCGCCAAGAACCCCAAUGACAAUGACCACGUAGAAGCGAUAUUUAUGACCUUGGCUCACAAGCUGAAGAGCCACAAACCGCUGAUGCUCAGCCAGCCGCCUGACAGCAGAAUUAGCCUGAAACCUGAAAUGAAACCUGCGGUGACGUGCUACUGCUAAGUCCUGGGCGAGGCCAUCAUGGCUCUGACUGACCUGAAGAGACACUUCUGAAGUGUGACAGUGAUAACGUUCGUAAGGGUACAUCUCAAGUGUAACGGAUCAUCCUGCUGUUAACGCUGUUGCGCCGCCUUUUGUAUUUUGCAUCCUUUUAAUCAAGUUUGUCAUUGAGACAACACAAGGAAAAGGCUGGUUCACAGCUGGGAUUGAAAAUGAAGCAAAGAAAGGAAGACCCAGGCCAUCUUUCCAGUGCCAGCCAGCUGAAGGCUCUCUCAUGUGAGCAUGAUGGGACCUAAAGGGCCGCGCUUGUUCUACUCGGUGUUCCUGGGGCUGUAAAAGACGUGCAGUGUAGCGCGCACACACUGGGCAGAGCUGGAGCGAAUGGCGAGUUACUAGGGUGCUUUAUUUUACUGUGUACCUUCAAGCACUAAAAACCAAUCGGAAGAAUCCAAGCAGUUAUAAUGGGACUUUAUUUUAGCCAUGACUUAAUGAAAAUGUCAGAUAUUUACAAAGCUGGUUUCUGGUGCCCCUUGUCCUCUCUCCUCAGCCCUUUGGGUGACUCAGGGCUGGAUUCGGUCAGCGUCCACUUGUCCGAGGGCUCUCCAUGUAUUCCUGUAAUAGUUUUGUUGGGUCAGUUUUUAAAUGCCUGAAUGUUAUGGCCACAAACUGUCCCUUGGUAUGAAAAAUAUCUGUCCCUCAAUAAUGAAAGAAAUAAUUUUAAGUUUUUUUCUCCUAAGUACUUGUGGUUUGAACUUAAGGCUUUGCACAGAGAAACUAGCAUGUGUGCACGUGAUGGUUGUUGCAGGAUGGCGGGUAAGAGUGUCCCACCUAAGUGUGCCUGUUCUGACAGCUUACAGCUCUUGGCAAUGUAGAGAAAAUUAAGCCAAAAUAUGUCUUACUUAAAGAUUUUCAGAGUGUGGGGAAUAUAAUCUAACCUAGUUUCAGAUUUUUGUUUCGUUAUUCUGAAGGUCCCACCUGGACAAUUCAGUUAUGAAGCAAAAUGUUUCUGUUAAUUAACUAAGUGAAAGUAACUUUUAAGGGAUGAUUUGUACAAUUUAAAUAUUAAUUCAGUUAAAUAUAAUGAAAUAAAUAUUAGGGCCCAGGUUGGCUUUAUUUGCAUUUAGGAAGAUUUUUUUUUUUUUUUUAAUACAAGUCUCUGUGUAGGCCUGAGUAGUCUAGGACUGGGUUGGUCUCAGACUUACAGAUACUCCCCUGCCUCAUCCUCCGACUGCCAGAGAUUAAAGGCAUCUUCACCAGGACUAUCCAAUACCCUUUUCUUAAUCAUGCUAGAAUGAAAGAUUAAAAAUUGUCUUUUAUCUAAAUGAAUGCUGACUUGUGAACUAUUUUUCUAGUGAAACAUGGCUGUAGUAACUGGUGGCUGUAGACUUUACAGAAGGGCGUCUGUUCAUUGUUGUCAAUACUUUGUACAACUGGGGAAAGGCCUGCUGUGCUGUCCAACCACAUCUAUGGGUUUUGUUUGUUUUCUUAGUAAUGUUAAUUAAUGACUUUUCCUUUUAAAGUAACAAACUGUUUCUUUUUGUAAGGAGUUAAUGAGCAUUCUUUACAAUUCUGUGAAAAGCAUAAGUUUUUCACUUUAGUAUUUAUUAAUUAAAACAUUUGUAUUUCAUUUGUGAACUUUAAUUUUCAGUUGCUUACUUUAAAAAGAUAUGUAUCAGGUUAGCAAGAAUAAGGCCUUUAGAUGUAGCCCAAUGUGUUUAUAAAACACUUUAUUGACUAUUGACAUCAUUUCCAAAAUUUUGGUUAGCUGACAUCUAGUUACAAAUUUUAAAAUUUACAAGUUACAAAAUGUCACAAAUUUUGUACCUCUGAAUUUAUUUCAGCUGACAUUUAAUUGGAAAUGUAAGAUGGUUUACGAAAACCUUGAUUUGAGAACACCAAAGCAAACUACUUUUGAAUCUGUCUUGGUUGGCUUCAACCCACUUGACUGGCAGUGGGCUGUACUUCAUGUACCCUCAGCAAACUCAGAAGUUCUGCUGGGAAGCGAGUCACUCAUACAGUUCUCCCGUGAAGUAAAUAAAUCACCUUUGCC